AUGCAGCUACUUCGUCUUCUACUCUUCCUAAACUGUGGUGCUACGUACAUUUCAGCUGCAAUGGCCUCUGCUCUGCCUGACAAAGAGGAAGCUGCCACCAGCUCUCUGGAGGUGAAGGAAGAGGAGCAGCAGGAUGCAGUAAAUCGGGUGGCUAACCUGACCUUGGUCAGCUCUGCCUGUGACGUGGUUUCUACAGCUUAUGCCUCCGCUAAGGAGAGCCACCCCUACAUCAGAUCUGUGUGCGAUGCAGCAGAGAAAGGAGUGAAGAGUGUGACUGAGGCCACAGCCAGCUGUGUGCAGCCAGUUCUGACUGCGCUGGAGCCUCAUGUUACGGCAGCAAGUGAGUACGCCUCCAAGGGUUUGGAUAAACUAGGGGAAAAGCUCCCGCUCCUUCAAAAGCCAGUGGAACAGAUUAUCUCAGACACAAAGGAGCUGAUGUCAUCCAGAGUGGCUGAUGCAAAAGAUGCUGUGAGCAGCAAAGUGACAGAGGUGAUAUGUGUAACUAAAGAUGCUCUUCAGAGUGGUGUGGGAGCUGCCAGGUCUGCAGUGACCAGUGGUGUGGGGAUGGUUAUGGACUCCACAGUGGCCCAGGCAGCUGUAAGUGGAGCGGAAGCUGUGCUUGAGAGAACAGAAGACAGCUCUCUCCCUAUUGGAAAUGAGGAAUUAGCCAAACUGGCAGCAACUGAGGAGGGUUCAGACAUUAUGUCUGUGGAGCAGCAGAAGGAGACGAAGAGGUACUUUGUGCGGUUGGGGUCUCUUUCUGAUGAACUUCGCUUAUUUGCUUACCUGCACUCAACAAACAAAAUGGAGCGGGUCUGGCAGGGCAUGCAGGAGGCCCUUGCACACCUUCACUGCAUCAUUGAAUUGAUUGAAGUGUUUAAGCAAGGAUUUAAUCAAAAGGUGCAGGAGAAACUGCACCAGAUGUGGCUGGACUGGAGUAGGAAGUUUUCUGAAGAGGGUGGAGAUGAAAGAUCUGCAGAGCCAGAGGAGAUGGAGUCUCUGGCCCUGCUCAUGGCAGGCAGGAUCACACAGCAGCUGCAAAUCACCUCCUGCAAAAUAGUGUCUGCAGUUCGGGGCCUUCCCUCAAGCCUUCAGGAUAAAGUACAACAGUCUCUUAGUACCAUAGAGGAGCUUCAUGCUUCUUUCUCAGCAGCAAACUCCUUCCAAGACUUGUCCAGCAGUGUCUUGACUCAGAGCCGGAGGAAGCUAGCUGUGAUCCGAGAGUACAUGGAGGUGCUGCUGGACUACCUGAAAAACAACACCCCUCUGUCCUGGCUGGUGGGACCUUUCUCCCCGAGGGAGGAGGUGGUUGAAGCCUCAGAGGAGGAGGAACCCUUACAGGAGAAGGAGGUGGAAACAGCGGGAGCAGGGGAUCAUGAGGUUUCCACCAUCCUCACAUAA